AGGCGACCUGGACCUGCCUAUUGCUGGGAAUGUCCUGCUGAGAGAAGUAGGUCAGGACCAAGCGUCUCGUGAAAGGUCGGGUGGCAUUCGGCAAUAUGGAGCACAGCAGCGCAAGCCACGCAGCUGGGGCGGUAGUGCCUUCGACGUCGGCUUCAGCGGGAGAACGCGGACCAGCUCAAGCUGCGGGGGUGGAUGGCAAGCAUGCUGUGCGACCGCUGCCGGAACUCCCGCACAUGCCAAUGAAUCCGAUUCCGAUGAAGGUGAUCGCUGGCCGGAUGAUUCAAGCAUCCUACUCCAAUAUGCAGCGCGUCAUCAAAGACCUUGCCCAUGAUGUACCAGACAAGCGACAGAGAGGGCUGUUGGAUUGGGCAAUGGAGGAGCAUCACGAGAUGAAGAAGCUGCUGGUUCUUAUGCGCUGUAGUCGAAAGGCCAAGGAUUGGCAAAAGUUGAUGAAUAUGCACGGAUAUCUCGAUCGCCAAAGUGCCUGUGUAGAGGGCGCUGGUCGCGGCUUACAAGCUAUGGUGGCACACCUAAAGCAGUUUGUGGAGUAAGCAGAAUGACAGGUUUCAGAGGAUGUCUGUCGAAGGUUCAGUGCUUACCGACCGCCCUUAUGAACUGUAGAACUCCAGCUCCUGACAUGCAAACGGCGGUCGACAUCAUUCGGAACAGGACCUACACGCAGCUUCCCUCCGUAAUGAAGGAUGCACUUCCGAAACAACCCUUGUCGAGAGAGGAGACGCUUGAGACUUUGACACAGCUGGAGGACAUCAUACAUGAACGGCUGGAAUUGGAAAUAGUACCCGAUGCCAUGCGGAGUAACAUGGUUGUUGGUACGCAUUCAUUAACUUAAUGGGGUCGCGGGAGGGGGACUGGGACAAGCAUGGGGCUGACAC